AUGUUGGACAAAUUCUUCAACUCUUUGCUCGAGAACAAUCCCUACUUCACUGCUGGCGUAGGUGUGGUAGGCUUUGGUGUUGGCGUAGCCACAUUAAGAAGAGGGCUCGUCUUGGGUACUGAAAUCGCCCGGAGACGAUUACUGGCUACGCUAGAGAUUCAUUCAAAAGAUGUAUCAUACAUGUGGUUCCUGCAGUGGAUGUCACAGCAGCCAGCAAGAAGGACGCAUAAAUAUGCCGUGCAGACUUCGUUUGUACAGCAUGAUAAUGGAAGUGUAUCAACGGCAUUCAGCCUAGUUCCUGGUCCAGGAAGACAUUAUUUUAAGUGGAAGGGUGUAUGGUUCCAGAUCGAACGCCAUAGAGACAAAGCUGUCGACUUGAUAACAACAACCCCUUUUGAAACAGUAACUCUAACCACUCUCUCUCGCGACAGACACCUCUUUACCGAACUUCUCCAUGAAUCUCAGGCGAUUGCUCUGGCUAAACAGGAGGGCAAAACUGUGAUAUAUACUAGUUGGGGUCCGGAAUGGAAACCAUUCGGUUUACCGAGAAAGCGACGUCUGUUGAGUUCGGUAAUCUUGGAUAAGAAUGUGAAGGAAAGGAUUAUUACGGAUAUUGAAGAAUUCAUCGGGAAUGGAAAGUGGUAUAGUGAGAGAGGUAUACCUUAUCGUCGCGGUUAUUUACUCUACGGUCCACCCGGUAGUGGUAAGAGCAGUUUCAUCCAAGCUCUCGCCGGAGAGUUGGGAUACAACAUAUGUAUUUUGAACCUUGGCGAACGCGCGUUGACUGAUGAUAGAUUAAAUCAUCUGUUGAGCAAUGCGCCGGAGAGGAGUAUCUUGUUGCUCGAGGAUAUUGAUGCAGCCUUUACCUCUCGAAAACUUCAGGACGACGGGCAGGGCUACCCCUCUAUGGUCACGUUCUCCGGCCUAUUAAACGCUCUAGACGGUGUAGCUGCUUCAGAGGAACGCAUAAUCUUUAUGACAACAAAUUACGUCGAACGACUUGAUCAAGCCUUGAUUCGUCCUGGUCGGAUAGACAUGAAAGAAUACUUUGGUAACGCUACCGACUAUCAAAUCAAGCACAUGUUCCUCAGGUUUUACGAGAACGAAGAGAGUUUGGCAGACGAGUUUGUCGAGAGAACGAAAGGACGCGCUGUUAGUCCUGCUCAGUUACAGGGACAUUUUGUUUAUUACAAAAAUAAUCCUAAACAGGCUGUUGAAAUGGCAGAAAACGUGUUCCAAGCCUGGUGA